AUGCAGCUUAAAUCUUAUGCAUUUUGUGGAUUAUUUUUGUUUUCUGUUAUUUUCCAAAAUUACUCUGCCGACGGCCAGCAACAAGACAGUAGCAAACUCGAUUCUAAUGAACAUCAUCGUUCACCCAGGUCGAUUUUCCUCGUUAAAAAGGUAGUUGUGGCUGGCGCUAUUGGACUUCUCGCUGGUCUUGUGAUUGGCCACAAGAAAGCUAGAGAGAAAAAUCACAUCCAAGCUUGGAAUGUUCACAACUACAGAAAGAGAUCCGUCGGUGACGUUAACGAAGAUAAUGAUACUAAUCCUGAUUACAACGAUUCCGAGUUGCUUCGAGUUGCAAAGAUUUUCGAUCAACUCGGUUGUGGUGGCCGUCUCGUCUGCGAACUGCACCAGCAAAAGCAAGAGGACCUUAAUGACACUGGGCUCAAAAUCGUCCAGCUGUUUGGUGACAAACAACCACCGACUGUUGAUCAAUUGAAGACCGAACAGAAAGCCGUUUUACAAUAUGCGGCCUUCGUCGGAGCAACUUUUCCCAAGGAUUUGAAAAUCUGUUCACGUUUGUUUCCACGUUGUCCGAUCGCCGAGCAGGCACUAUCACAUGCCUUCAGCAAUGCAAAUGUACGUCCUCAGGUUGCUGAAAAGCGUUUAGCAUAAUAGCUUUAAGCUUCGGAAAGCGCCAACGUUUGUUGAAAAUGCAUUUCAACGAUAUUUCGUUACGAAACCAAACCUAAGAUUAAUAUAAUAUAUUACGAUAAUAAUUCCUAAUGAUUGCCUGCGGCAUUUAA